AUGGCCCUCUCCAAGAACCCCGCCCUCACGAGAUUCCUCUCCGACUUCACCCUCGGCUUCUCUGACGGUCUGACUGUGCCAUUUGCCCUUACCGCGGGCCUCAGCUCUCUGGGCAAGGCCGACACCGUCAUCUACGCGGGCCUCGCCGACCUCUGCGCCGGCAGCAUCAGCAUGGGCAUCGGCGGCUACCUCUCCGCCCUCGACGAGCUGCCCGCGUCGCCGACCAACGACGACGGAAACGACGACGAGGAGCUACGCGGCAUGCUUCGCCGACGCAGUAGCGACGAUGACGGGAAUGCCGCCGCGUAUGAAAAGGGCGACGUGACCACCCAGCAGGAACUGGUCGUCCUGCGCCACCUCGAGCCGCUCUGCCUGUCCGCGACCAUGGCAGCCAACGUUGUCGCCACGCUUCGCGGUCAAUCAGGCGGCCUGGACCGCGCCGUCGCCGGCAUCGAGACGCACAACGACGACGUGGUCGGCACCGUCGACGCGCCCCUGCCCAUCUGGCCCUUCGCCUCGGGCCUCUCCAUUGCGCUGGGCUACGCCAUCGGCGGGGCCAUCCCGCUGCUGCCGUACCUCUUCGCCGCUACCGUCGGCCUCGGCCUGCGCUGGAGCAUCGGCCUCUGCCUGGCGGCGCUGCUGUCGUUUGGCGCCGGCAAGAAGUGGCUGCUGGGCGGCGAGCGCGUCCGCUGGCAGCAGUGCGCCUGGUCGGGGCUGCAGAUGCUGGCUCUGGGCAGCGUGGCGGCCGCGGCAGCGGUGGCGGCAGUGCAUCUGCUGGGCUCGGUUACGGAGACGCCGUGA